AACAUCUCAUACCAUACUGUCAGCCGCAAUGUAGCCCUCUCUCCUAAGCUUGUGAUUCUUCUCACGCAGCCUAUCGCCGGGACCGCGGCGACCUUUCGCCCCGAACGGGAUGGUCUCCUGCGUGAAGGAUUGUACCAAGUCUUCACCAGCCCCGUCUCCCCCUUCUCCCCGUCCGGCGUGUUCAACGCCUCCUUCCCCGACUACGGCUUCGGCUCGACCAGCACCACCGACGGCAUCUCCGAACAGCGCACCUAG